GUGCGCGGUGCCCGAGACACAGCGGUAGCGAGUCCGCGGAGCACGGUCAGGUCGGAGGGUCAGCUGUGCGGCGGCUGCUGCGUCGCGAUCAUGGCUCUCAAAGUCCGAGUCGUUUACUGUGGCGCUUGAGGCUACAAGCCUAAGUAUCUCCAGCUCAAGAAGAAGCUAGAAGAUGAGUUCCCUGGAUGCCUGGACAUUUGCGGCGAGGGGACUCCCCAGGUCACCGGGUUCUUUGAAGUGAUGGUAGCCGGGAAGCUGGUUCACUCCAAGAAGAGAGGUGAUGGCUAUGUGGACACGGAGAGCAAGUUUCUGAAGCUGGUGGCUGCCAUCAAAGCCGCCUUGGCUCAGGGCUAGAGUGCCCUGAAGGCAGAGUCCAGGGACCUUGGCCCAGGCCCGCUCAGCAGACGCUCCAUGACAGGAAGGACUGAAAUGUCUCCGGGACGCCUGGUCUUUUCUCGAUGUCCUUGCAGCCUCUGGGUCGGGGCUGAGUCGACGCCCCUGGUCUUUGCCUCUGCGUGGGGUGAGGUGUUUCCUCCAGAAGCCACGCCCACACAGGUGGUCUCAAGCCUGUCAUGGGGUCACCAAGAGAGCCCACACUUCCCUGCCCCCGCAUUGCCCUGCACCCCCUACCUCCCCUCUGCUCCUGGAGGAGGCCUGUCCCUCGCCUUCCUCAAGGGAAGCUGGGGGGCCGGGUGGGUGCAGCCGUCCCCAGGCCAAUAAACAGUGGGUGAAUCCAA